GAUGGGCUUAAAUAUUUGAGCCCAAGGGAUAAGCCCAACUCUAUAUUUCAAUGGGCCGUCGAAAGCUGGUCCAAGUCCUUUCAAAGCAUAAAACCCAGCCCAAAAACAAUCCCAAUUCCUUCUCAGUUUCGUAACUCGGCUAUCAGCUCAACGGAAACGAGAAAAAAAAUUGGGGGAAAAAAAACUCUCCAACACUCACUUAAUUUCCGAUUUUCCGGUAAGCUCCUGCGUUAUGCGCUUUCCGUUUGGUUCCUGAGAAAUCGUGGCGAAAACUGAAAGAAAAUUAAGCAGCAUUACAGUAUCCGGUCUUGCACGUAUUUCUCAUCUUUUAUUUUUUUAUCCUUAAACCAAAGAUUGCCCCAAUUAACUCGUAGCAGUUUUAUUGAACGGAAAAAAGGGUUUCUUUUUUGUUUGGAAGUAAGAAAGUUAUGAUAGCACAAUGCAUGAUAAAAUUUCAAUUUUUCAUAUUUUUUAUGAUAUAGGUGCUGUAUGAUUGAUUGGUAGAACACUGAGAGCAAGAAGAAGAGGGUUUUUUUUUUUUUUAUUCUUAUAAUGGGGGGAGUGGAGAAUCAUAUAUCUGAUGACAUUUUGGAGGAUUUAAGGUUUUAUAGUCGGUUGAAGAAAGAGCGCGGCAUGUUGGAAAAUUUUAGGCCUAGUUGUGGUAGUAAUGGUAAGCGAAAUAAGAAGAUAAUGAACAAACAAUGUAAUGAAAUUGACAUGGAAGAGAGUAUAAAGGAUUCGGAUUAUGAAACAUUUAUCAGUAGUUUAGAGCAGUAUGGUUAUGGCCAUGAUCAUGAUCAUGAUCGUGAGAAAGGGAAGGAGAGGGAUCCUCAGUAUGAGAUGUUUUUGGAGAAUCUUAAACCGGAUGGGACAUCAUACUUGGCUGAAAUUCCAUUGAGUUCUGGCCUCUCAAUUAUAAUUAGGUAUGAAGAAAAGGAACAAGAGUCCUUUGAGAAUGUGGAAAGAAUGAGAAAUUUUAAGAGCAAUUCAAAAAGGGUAAAGGCUGAGGUUCCAGACUAUUUGGAUGGGUUUUCAAGGAAAGCAAAGACUGAUUUGAGAAGGAUAAAGGCUAACGUUCCAGAAAAUUCGGGUGGUUUUUCGAGGAAAGCAAAGGCUGAGACAACGAAAACUGUGAAGAAGGAUUUGAAGAUUGGAGAAAAGAAAAGAAAGGAGAAAGCAAGAGAUGUUCCAAAUGGGGAAAGAAAGAGUGCAGUCGCUGAGAACCAAGUAAAAGAGGAAGCUGAGGAUGAUUCUGUUCCUCAUAGAUCAAGUGGAGAACCUUCCAAGAAGAUGAGUCUUGAUAUGGUAGAUGAAAGCUGGGAAGAGUUUUUGAAUUCUCGGUCGAAGCGUGGUGAGAAAAUGGUAUUUAGUGAUGAAAGUGGUCAUGACGGUAGACAUUGGAAGGAUGAUGAGAGCUCUUCUGAUGUGGAAAUACUUGCAUCAGACAAUAUUCCUUUUCAUGAAGGAGGUUAUACACCAUUUGUACCAGCAAAAUCCUAUCAAUCCUUGACUGGUGAUGAGAGUUGGGAGGGCAUAAAAAAUUUUAGCCUGUCUCAGUUUAGGGAGAAGCUUAUGAAUCUUCUUAAAAAGCCUUAUGACCAAGAGGAGUUUGAUUAUCUUUGGCGAGAAGUAACUUACAAGAAACCAGUGCAGGGUGUUAGAGACUUACGUAAUGGACGAAUGAAAGCAUAUUCAACCAAAACUGAUGGAAAAUCAUACCUUGAUUGGUACAAAAAACUAAAAAUGAAAAUUGAUGAAUUCAGGUGUGAUCGACAUAAAAUUUUAUGUCUCUUACGUGGAUUUUUCUUUUGGUUGGAGAAUACUGCUCAUGAAGGUUCAUUUCAGCCUUGGUUGGACUCUUUAUAUUUGAAUGCUUUGGAUGACCGGAGAUUUUCUCUGAAUUGAGAUUACAAUAUCUCAGUGUUAUAAAGCAAAUGUUGAGAGAUGCAGCUGUAGCAAAUUGGGCACAAAUGUAUAAGACCUCACGUGUGAAUAUUUUGGCAAUUAAGGAAUGUAUGCAUCAGGUCUCUGUGUCGAAGAUCUAAGUUUCUGUGGCCAAAGAUUUUUGUACUUGAUGCAACAUUGUGAUGCCUUGUAAACUAAUACCUUCUAUAUUCACCGCGGUGUUAUCCCAUUUUAGCCA